CUUGAGUUACUUCCAUUCAGCAAGUUCAUUUUCCAGCAGCUACCUUUUUCAGGCAUCUCUUCCUGCUUACCUUGGCUAAGCUGCUUUGCAUGUUGAUUGGGGGAGGGUUAAUCCAGUUUGCAGCUGUCGUAGGCCAAUGAUGAAUCACCUUCCCGGCAUUUGGCUGCUUUCCUCUGACAUGGGGAGGAGGGAAGACCUGAAGGAGGAAACAACAGUAGAAGGGUUUAACCUAGAGACAAUGUGCCUCUCUGUUGCUGGGUCUCCUCUUUUCCCAUUCUGCUAGAGUAUAAUAAUAUUUGUUUCUCAGACAAUGUCUAUUGUGUCAUGGAUGGACCUGGACAGCAACACCAUAAUAAAAUAACAAGGAGUUUUAUUGUUUCUGUUUGGCAGGCGAAAAAAACCUCAAAGUGAUUCAGAUGUUUCUGAUCCAUCAAGUUCCAGGUCUAUGGAAAUGCAGGAUCUAGCCAGCCCACACAGUCGAGUCAGUGGAAUCAGUGAAUCCCCUAAUGGUCCAACACUUGACAACUCACAUAUCAAUAAUAAUUCCAUGGCACCAAAUGGCACAGAAGGUGAUACCAUCACUAUGCUCACCCCUGCAGACUGGUUGUUAAGUUCUAGUACAGAGACCACUGCAGUUAAAACAGAGCCAAUGAGCAACAGUGACAUUGCCACAUCGACAGCGGACGGAUCUUUAGACAAUUUCUCAGGAUCAGCUAUUGGAAGCAGUGGCUUCAGCCCAAGACAAACUCACCAGUUCUCUCCACAGAUCUAUCCUUCCAAACCAUAUCCACAUAUUCUGCCUACCCCUUCAUCACAAACUAUGGCUGCAUAUGGGCAGACGCAGUACACUACAGGAAUGCAGCAAGCAGCCGCUUAUGCUACCUAUUCACAGCCUGGCCAGCCCUAUGGAAUUCCUGCUUACGGUACAUUAUGGGCAGGCAUCAAGACAGAAGGCGGACUGACCCAAGCACAGUCUCCAGGACAGACUGGAUUUCUGAGCUACGGUUCAAACUUUACGACCCCUCAGACAGGGCAGGCUCCUUAUAGCUACCAGAUGCAAGGUGGCAGUUUUACAACAACAUCAGGACUUUAUGCAGGAAGCAAUUCCCUCACAAAUUCUACAGGAUUUAAUAGUUCACAACAGGAUUAUCCUUCUUACCCAGCUUUUGGCCAAGGCCAGUAUGCACAGUAUUACAACAGCUCACCCUACACUUCCCCUUAUAUGACAAGCAACAACACCAGCCCGACGACACCCUCUACCACGGCAACAUACCAGCUUCAAGAACCCCCGUCUGGCAUCGCCAGUCAAGCUGUUACAGAUCCUACCACAGGGGAGUACAGUACAAUCCACAGUGCAUCAACUCCCAUUAAAGAUUCAGAUUCAGAUCGAUUGCGUCGAGCUUCAGAUGGAAAAUCACGUGGCCGAGGCAGGAGAAACAAUAACCCGUCACCACCCCCAGACUCUGACCUUGAGCGUGUUUUCAUUUGGGAUUUGGAUGAAACAAUCAUCGUUUUCCAUUCCUUGCUCACUGGCUCUUACGCUAACAGAUACGGCAGGGACCCUCCUUCAUCUGUGUCACUAGGACUUCGGAUGGAAGAAAUGAUCUUCAACUUAGCAGAUACACAUCUUUUCUUCAAUGACUUGGAAGAAUGUGAUCAGGUCCAUAUUGAUGACGUGUCUUCAGAUGACAAUGGCCAGGACUUAAGCACAUACAACUUUGGCACAGAUGGUUUCCAUGCAGCGGCAACCAGUGCAAACCUCUGCCUAGCAACUGGCGUACGAGGAGGAGUGGACUGGAUGAGAAAACUAGCCUUCCGGUAUAGACGAGUAAAAGAAAUAUAUUCCACCUACAAAAACAAUGUUGGUGGUCUGCUGGGUCCAGCUAAAAGGGAAGCCUGGUUACAAUUGCAAGCAGAGAUAGAGGCCUUGACAGAUUCCUGGUUAACACUGGCACUUAAAACACUCUCAUUAAUUCACUCAAGGUCGAACUGUGUGAAUAUUCUAGUCACAACGACACAGCUCAUACCUGCCCUGGCAAAAGUCUUGCUCUACGGACUGGGCAUAGUAUUUCCAAUCGAAAAUAUUUAUAGUGCAACAAAAAUAGGGAAAGAAAGUUGUUUCGAAAGAAUAAUCCAGAGGUUUGGGAGAAAAGUAGUAUACGUUGUGGUGGGAGAUGGAGUAGAAGAGGAGCAAGCAUCUAAAAAGCACAAUAUGCCCUUCUGGAGAAUUUCCAGCCACUCUGACCUUAUGGCCCUUCAUCACGCCUUGGAACUGGAGUACUUGUAGCAACCACACCACUGAGCCUCAUGCCACGCUGACCCACAGACUACACUGCAGAACACUGCAACGUGUCCAGAGUGUUGACAUAAUGCCGCAAUUUGUCUUAACCUUUCACCUUUCUCUGAAUUGAGGAGAAUGAAUUGAUGGGAUGGCAGGGGCUGACCCCAGUCCUGUAAAUUUGCUGACUUUAAAAAGCUAUCAAAAUGUUUUAACGACCCUCAUUGUACUUCGUUGCUACAAGGGUUCACACCUGUGAAGAAAUCAGAGCUAACGUUUAACACUGAGCCUACAAUCGCACAAAGUCUUUGCCAUGGCAAUUUCUCUUUUUUCAAUAAAAAGUACACUGAAGACUUAAUUGAACAAAGACAGUGGAAUACAUUUGCAUGUGGGGAAGGUUUUUGAUGAACACUCACGCCCAGGGUACUCUAUAAUUUCAUAUUUAUGAACUGAUGGCUUUGUGUCACAAUCUCCUUUGAAGGUACUCGAAUAUGGAGUUAUGCCUUUUGACAACACAACACACAUUUAAUUCCGUCGCAACAAUAAGUAGUUUAUAAAACUGAUUU